UUAUUCAUUUAUCAGGAUCAUGCAGAAGUAAUUUAGAUUCUUGUUUGAGACGUAAUUAUAACUAAUACUCCAAAAUAGAUAUUUUCGUGUUGACCAUCAGUAUCGACAUGUUUCCACCAUUGGAGCAGAGAAUAUGGCACCCGAUGCGUAGAACGAAACAGAAUAUAACCGUAAACGGCAACAGCCGCCUCCGGAAUCGUCAGUCUCUCUCCGUGUCUCAGGGAAAAAAAUACGAGAAAUAAGUCGAACUGAAAAAAAAAUCAAAGUAAACGUGCUUAAGUGUAUAAUUGUAAUUUGAAAAUGAAUUAAAUAUGUGAAUUAACAAUAAAUGUGUAUUUUUAUAUUUUGCCAUGAGUGAAAAUGAUUGUGGUGCGUAGAGAAGCAAGUUUUAUUGACGAUCGAGUUUGUUUUCCAUCGACAUGAACGCGUAAGGCGUUAAUGGCUGCAUACAUUUUGUAAUCAGUUUGAUAAUAUAGAAAAACGUGUUGAAAAUUAUUAUGGAAAUGAAUUUCAAAUGCAAAAUAAUUGUAUUUUAUAUAACGAAUAUAUUGUGAUUUAUGGAAAGGCAGUCUUUUUGUAUAAUGUCGGUCGCUUCUUUUGGAGCGUCUUCUAAAAAGUUUUUAUUUGUUAAAAUUUUAUACUUCAUUUUCAUAAUAUUAUGGAGUGUUUCGUCCAUGCACGGUCUUCAGGACGAAUCCGGACUUUCAGUUACAAAUGGCGAAGAAAAUGUUCAAUGUCCCGUCAAGUGUGCCUGUUUAGGAAAUGUAGUUGAUUGUAGCAGACUACAACUAGUUUCACCACCUAGUGGAUUACCGCCUUGGACCGAAACACUAGAUAUAAGUUGGAAUAAACUUGAAGAUAAUUUUACAUUUACACUGCCAGACCUUCCACAAUUGACUAGUCUGAAACUGAAUAGAAAUUUAUUUAGCCGCAUACCAGAUCUUUCCUUAUUUGGUAAUUUAACUCAUGUUUCCAUCUCGCACAACAAUAUUGUUGAUAUCGAUGGAACAAUUUUACAAAAAUUACCGUACCUCCAAAAUCUGGAACUGGCUGAUAAUAAAAUAAAAAUAUUGAAACGAGGCUCAUUUUUAGCACCUAAUCACCUCACUCGAUUGAAUUUAAACCUAAACGAGCUUACAGAAAUGGAACCAGGGUGUCUUGACAACUUAACAUUAUUAGAAGAACUCCGAAUAAAUAAAAAUGGCCUUACUCACAUUGUUAAGGAUAUUUUCAUAAAUUUGACUCGACUCAAAGUGCUUGAAAUUAACAGGAAUAAUUUACACCAAAUUCAGGGCUUGAGUUUUACAAAUCUGACAAACCUGCAACAGUUGAGAUUGAAAAGAAAUAAAAUAAAUACGCUCGAAGAUGGAGCAUUCUGGCCGUUAAAAAGAUUAGUCCUUUUACAACUGGAUUACAAUGAAUUGACCGUCGUAAAAAAGGGGGGACUUUUUGGUUUGGAUCACCUACGAAAGCUUAGCCUAUCCCAUAAUCGGAUUAGUAAAAUCGAGUCACAGGCGUGGGAAUUGUGUAAAGAAAUACAAGAGUUGGAUUUAUCUAAUAACAGAUUGACACACAUUGACCAAGGAUCAUUUGAAUUUUUAAUGAAAUUAGAAAUUCUUCGAUUAGAUCAUAACAAAAUUUCUUUAAUAUCCGAAGGUGCUUUUAAUAGUGUCCCUAACCUACGAAUUUUAGAUUUGAGUUUCAACAAAAUAUCUUAUAUGAUUGAAGAUAUAACGACAGGUGCCUUUAAUUCACUAAGCAAAUUGCAAAAAUUAAGAUUAGCAUCAAAUCAAAUAAUAUCAAUCAAUAGAAAUGCUUUUGGAGGUCUGGAGCAUUUGGAAGAAUUAGAUUUACAAGGAAAUAACAUUACAAGUAUUCAAGAAAAUGCAUUCAGUUCGAUGCCGACUUUAUCUAGACUUAAAAUGAAUACAGAAGCUUUAGUUUGUGAUUGUGGAUUACAAUGGUUGAGUGUUUGGCUCAGAACGAAUCGACAUAAUGAUGCUAAAGUACGCUGUGGAUAUCCUCAUUGGUUAAAAGGCAUGCCAUUAACACAACUUCGUAAUGCUAAUUUCACUUGUGAUGAAUUUCCCAAGCCACGAAUAAUUGAAGAACCAAAUAAUCAAAUGAGCAUAAAAGGAGAAAAUGUAACAUUAACAUGUCGAGCGACAAGUUCAGCAGAUACACCGUUGAAUUUCGUUUGGAAGCACGAAAACCUUGAACUACGAGAGGCUGAAAUAGAAACUAAUAUUAUUCCUUCAGAACAUGGUAUCACUGAAGCAUCAUCUACGCUUUAUCUUGUUAAUAUUAGUCAUACUGAUGCAGGCAAAUACCAAUGCAUGGUGUCCAAUACAUUUGGAACUGCUUAUUCAUCUAAAGCAAAAAUCAGUGUCUUAAUUUAUCCGUCCUUCUUAAAAACUCCACACGACAUUAAAGUUAUGUCUGGAAGUACAGCUCGUCUUGAGUGUUCAGCAGAAGGUCACCCUUCGCCGCAAAUAGCCUGGCAAAAAGACGGUGGAAAUGAUUUCCCAGCAGCUAGAGAAAGACGUAUGCACAUGAUGCCAACAGAUCCAGUACUUUUUAUAAUUGAUGCAAAAUCAGCUGAUAGUGGUGUUUAUUCAUGUACUGCACAAAAUCUUGCUGGUCUUAUUGUGGCAAAUGCAACAUUAACCAUUCUUGAAACUCCAACAUUUGUCAAGCCCAUGGAAGAUCGAAAUAUAAUUGUUGGCACGUCAGUAGUCCUAGAGUGUAUGUCAGGUGGUUCUCCACGUCCACAACUAACUUGGAAGAAAGAUGGACAACCUCUUCAAGUAACAGAGCGUCAUUUCUUUACUGCAGAAGAUCAGCUUUUAAUUAUCGUUGAUACAGUUAUGGAUGAUGCUGGCAGCUAUGAAUGCACAAUGAAUAAUACUUUAGGAAGUGUUUCUGAUGAGGCUAUUUUGACUAUCAAUCCAAAUCUAUUGCCAAUAGUUACUGAAAAUAAUAUUUUAAGCAUCGUAAUAAUUUCAAUAGUCAGUUGUGCCGUUGGAACUUCAAUCAUUUGGCUCAUAAUUAUUUAUCAAUCUCGAAGACGAUUACGUUCAAAACAAGGACUCAAUGGACAAGUGCCAAUAAGUAAUGAAGCAGUAAUUACAGAUGGACAAACAACACAAUUAUAUCUAGAUUCAAGUUCGCAGCAUAGUAAAGACAGUGGGACAGGUGAUAGCACUAAUCCCAGUAAUGAUCAACUACAACUUUGUUUACCUGAAGAAAUCGUUACCUGUGUUAUUAAUAAUGAUGAAGACACUACUGCUGUCAGUGAUGAUCCUUUAUUAGCCUACACAAAUCAUCAACGAACUAUUAAUGUUGAAAAUAAUGGUAUUUCGUAAGAAAGUAAGAAAUCCUGAAGAGAAAAAAAAGAGAGUAAAUGUAAGAAUCUAAAAAAA